UAUUUUAAGACAAUUAAAAAAUCUGUUAGAAUUAUAAAUGUGUGUAUGUGCUUGUGUAUUGGGAUAUUGUACCCCCUAGCAGAUGUCCUUUGCAUAUUCUUUAUACAUACGUGUGUUCCCCAUGUACUUUUUGUAUUGAUUUUUUGUUAAUAAAAAAAAGGAUUGGGAACUAUUUCAAAAUGGGAAGAUUUUUAAAUGACACUGUUUUAGCAUAAUCGAAUCCGGCCAUUGUUAUAAAGUUGCCAUUAUAUUCAGCGCAUGCGCUCACUACCUGACUCAUGGCCGUCACGCGAAAACCGCAGUACAGAUAAAUUCAUCCCUCCACCUAUGAGAAAAACAAUGCCAAGUUUCUCGUGGAUUGAGGACAGGAGUGCGGUGCAAUGAAAUAUGAUUGAAGCAGCAUGGAAGUAUUUAAAUGAGCCUAGCUGUAGCAUUAUUUAGGUAAAUAGACUAGUCAGUGUCAGAUUCUGAAUGGCUCGCUAAUAAGGGAUUACUUUGCGUGCGAGUCAGCGGAGGUUGAUUAAAGAGGGAUGGGCUGUGAUGUGUUCAAGAUGGCGGCGCCCUGUGGAGUGUAGAGACUCUAACAGUGGUGCCUGGAGACUGUAUUGGCCGGAGGCCCAGGGAGCCCUCCAGGCAGGACGCUGUGAGAGAGACGACUGGGACACCCCCUGCCCUCCAGGCCUUGACGGAGAUUGUCUGCCACCACCUCACCCUCCGCUGUCAACAUGGCCAGAGAGCAGCCCAACGUUGGGGACCUCCUCCCUCUCCUGGAGUCCUCUGACAUACGCCAACUGGAGGAGAUCAAAGGCCUUAUCAAUGAGCACCUCAGCACUGAGCGAGGGUCAAUGCUGCUGAAUGGACUGGUGGACUACUUCUUGGAGACUAACUCGGCCCAGGCCAUGCAUAUCCUCUCGUCAGUCAGAGAGCCACAUGAUAAGCACCUGCUGGACAAGAUGAACGAGUGUAUGACCAAACAGGCCUGCCGGCUGCCCACCCUCACUCUGCUUGGCCACGUAGUCCGCAAGCAGCCGUCCUGGAUCCAUAAGAUCGCCCGCUACCCGCUGCUGCUCUCGCUGCUCAAAUGCCUCAAGACGGAUUCAGACGUUGUGGUCCUCAUAACUGGAGUCCUGGUGUUGAUCACUUUGCUACCCAUGAUCCCCCAGGCUGGCAAACAACACCUGUAUGAGUUCUUUGACAUCUUUGGACGCCUGGCUUCCUGGAACCUGAAGAACCCAGGCCACGUCUCCGAGGUAUACCUCAUCCACCUGCACGCCAGCGUCUACUCGCUCUUCCACCGCCUCUACGGCAUGUACCCCUGCAACUUUGUGUCCUACCUGCGCUCCCACUACAGCAUGAAGGAGAACAUGGACACCUUUGAGGAAGUGGUGAAGCCAAUGCUGGAACAUGUCCGUAUACACCCGGAACUAGUGACUGGAACUAAGGACCAUGAGCUUGAUCCCACCAGAUGGAAGAGAUUUGAGAUCCAUGACAUCGUCAUUGACUGCGCCAAAGUGUCUCUGGAUCCCAAGGAAGCGUCGUGUGAGGAGGGCUAUGCGACCAUGCCCGAGAACCUCUACCCCCAGAUGCAGCUUUGUCCACAAGACUCAGCCUCUAGCCCCUACACAGACUUCCACAGCAGCUUCGGAAGCUCCUCUUUGACCCCCUUCUCUACCCCACGCCAGCCCCAACCACCACCCCUGUCCCUGCCCCCUCUGUCAGGGACUCAGUCCUCCUAUCGUAGCCCCCAGACCUCCAGACGUCAGAACUCAAGCUGUGAACUCAACUCUACCUGUGGGGGAAAAGAACUGUGGAGCCCCUCCUCCCAGUGUGGAAUGGCCACACCUCCUUCCUCCAGGGGCAUGUCACCUAACCCAGAGCUCUCCCAUAGUGCCUCUUACCUCUCAGGCCACCGCGUCCACAGCACAUCAGGAGGGAAAGGAACACCUGCCUCAAGUACUCCUGCCACCACCUCCCCGCCCCCCACCCUCUCUGAUGAGUUCCCCACCAUCCCCCUGACAUCCAACACCGCUAGUCCACCACGGAAGCAUGGCUGCCCUGUAGAAGCAUCCAAACCUAGCCUGGUGAGGCAAGAACCAAUCCCAGAUCCUGAGAAAGGUGGAGAGGUCAUCAACAACAAAGAUGCAAGUGGUGGUGGGACCAUUUCCAUGACGCUGACAGAACUUUCAGUCUUUAUGCAGGAGCAGGAGCUGGAGCUUCAGCUGAGGACAGAGAAGGAGAGGGAAGAGGCUGCCAUCACAGAGGAGCUCCUGGAGAUCACGGAGGACAAGCGAGACUUUGCUGCCCUGAGUGGCUUUGACACCCCUUUCUACCGUACCACUGAGACCCUGACAGGUACCCAGGAGAAGGCCCUGCCCAACCACCCACUGGGUGGCCUCAUGCUGCCCCGGGACCCCCACCAUGCGGUGUCCACCCCAGACAAGGCACUGGAGAAUGCCCAGGGCGCUAAUGGUGGUGGGGACAAUAGUAGGGGCUCGGCCCUAGAGCAGUCCUGGUCUUUCCAACCCAUGUGUCCCUUCAGCCCCAUCGAACACCCACUCCACCGGAGCCCCUCUGCCCCGGAGUACGAGAUGGCCAAGUUCGGUGGCCUGUUCUCCCCCAGCCCCUCCAUCAAGAACCACUCCCUGCCCUAUGAGGCCCUGUUUGAUCUGGCUCUGCCUCGGGCCGCAUCCCUCUUCGUGGGGAGGAGGACAUCAGAGGCCCUGGGCAGGGCUGCUCUCGAGAGGCUGUGCCAGCGGCAGGAGGGGCUGGAGGACAGGGAGGAGGAGGGUCAGGGGAGGGUGUCGGCUUCCCCCCUGGAGGUGCUGGAUCGUCUCGUUCAGCAGGGAAGCGACGCCCACGACAAGGUGCUCAACAGAUUACCUUUGCCAAGCAAGUCAGCUGACUGGACACAUUUUGGAGGCUCGGCUCCGCUGGACGAGCUGCACACGUUGCGUAGCCAGCUGCUCCUGCUGCACAGCCAGCUGCUGUACGAACGCUACAAGCGAGAGCAGCACGCCGUCCGCAACCGACGCCUACUGCGACGCGUCAUCAACGCCACAGCACUGGAGGAACAGAACAACGCCAUGAAGGACCAGCUGAACCUCCAGAGUGUGGACAUCGUGUCUCUGAAGGAGAGUCUGCACGUGGAGCAGCAGCGCUGCAGGCAGCUGUGGGACGACCGAGAGACCGUGGUCACCAGACUACACAGCCAGGUCCGCCAGCUACAACAGGGCCGGGACGACUACUACACCAAGAACCAGGAACUACAGAGUCAGUUGAAUGAGUAUCAGAAGAAGAUGAAUGAGCUGGAGGCAGAUCUGCAGAGGUCCAACAACAAGGUGUGUCACACGGGGCACCUUCUCAACCAGAUGACUACCAAGCUGAGCACCAGUGAGCGCACUCAGCAGCAGAUGAGCUUCCUGAACAAGCAGCUGCUUCUCCUGGGGGAGGCCCACAAGCUGACUGAACAGCGGCAGCAGCACACAGGCUUAGACAAUGCCAUGGAGGCCCAGAUGGUGCAGGUGUCCUGGGGGAAGGAGGUGGAGAGGUUGAGGCAGAGCCUGCUGCAGCAGGGCCAGAAGCUAGAGGCAGCGCAGCAGAGAGUGGGUGAGCUGGAGACACAGCUCACCAAGAAGGAACACCUCAUCGUGGAGCAGAAGAAGUUUCUGGAGGACGUCAAGGGCCGGGCCAAGGGCGAGCUGCAGGCGUCAGACAGCAGGUACCAGGCCCAGAGGAGAGUGACCCAGCUCCUGCAGACGGAGCUGCUGCAGCUCUACAGUAGACUGGAAAUGGAGGGUCAUGCCACCCUGACCACACCCUCCGCAGGGGGCAGCAGUACCGAUCCUGGCCCUCCUAUAGACUCUAGUAUCAUGGAGCCAGAUGGACCCGUCACAUCAGGAACCAAUGAGUGGUCAGAUAACGGCAGACCACCUCAGUCCCCACGACGCAACGGCAGUACUUUAUCUCCAGGGCAACCUAUGGCGAACAACCCCCCUAAGAAGCCUCCUGUCAACUCUGUCAACGGCACCCAGGAAGUCCCCAAGCCUUCCUGUACCCAUACCCCCCUGGCCCCCCCACUGCCCCCUGACGCCACCCCCCUCACUGUUGGCUCCUACCCCAGCGCCAAGAGCUUCCUGGGCAUGCGGGCGCGAGAGCUGUUCCGGAACAAGAGCGAGAGCCAGUGUGACGAGGAGCCGCCACCCCCCGCCUGGCCGGCCUUUCACAGGGCCUGAAGACUGAGCUGUGUGUGGAGCCCUCAUUUCCCCCACUGGGGAAUUCUCUGACGUGUCCUGUCUCUAACCCUGUCCUUAACCUUACCUUUUCCCCUGCCCUUGCCUCUAUACUGGGUGCCCCUCUCACUGUGCCCGUGAAGGAGCACC